ACUGUAACCUAAAAGUUUAAGUGUUAGUGACAGGCUGUGGGUUUUCCUGUGGCACUGUGGUUGUUUUUUACUAGGGAAAUUAUUUGUAAAACGCCCUUAUUGAUUUUUGCUGUUGGGUGCAGCGAGACGUGCUUGGCAUGUUCGAGUUUUGCUAUUUUCUAUUUAAAACAGACAGACCCUUUUUCUAAUCACCAAAUUGUGUUCAUCGUAAUUCAACAGCAAUCAAGGCUUUAGUUUCGCGAGUGACACUGCGUUUUGUGCUUGAUUUUCUAGUGUUUACGUUCUUCUGAUGCACCCAUCGCUAGUGGUUGCAGAAAUCAGUGGUGAUUCACAUCAUGUCGAGACGAAAUUCCAGCGAAUUCUCAUCCAAAAUACACUUCUUUUUAGUUAAUUUAUUCGUUUUAAGUAAAUCACAAUCAUCGGCUAUGUUUACGAUAAGGAAUUGAUAAUUUUCAUUGACUGCAUAUAUUACAUUCCUUGUUAAAAUUGUCCUCGGCCUCCGAAAAUGGUUUCGAGGUACAUGACUAACGGCACUGUCAACGUGAAGCAGGAGGGCAUUUGCCUGCUGCCGCAACCAUUCAGGAUGAUGCCACCACCUCAAAGACCUGAGGGGGGCUAUCCGGUGUCGACACCUCCUGGGCCUUAUGUGCAACCGCCGACGAAUCAGGGCGGCAACCAGGGUCCGACUUUGAGAGGGCCCUCCGGCCCACCAAAUCAAUCGUCAACACCACCUAAUGCGGCCGAUAUUAAAGUAUCUACAUUACCUCAACAACCUUCGUUAAAUCAUAUGUUUAUUUCGCCAGCUGUUAGACCGGCAGCAAAUUUUUAUACAAGAGCAACUGGUCCGCCUAGUCAACAACCCAGAAUGACGAGUCAUAACAGUAGGCCUCCGCAGCCGCAGCUGUUUUCACCAUCGCAACCUCAAUUUAUGCAUAUGGCACCUGCAGCACCGCAAGUGUAUCUCACGUCGACGAAUUCCGUCGGUUAUACGUAUGGAGCGCAAAGACCUACGCCUACAGGGUUCGUUCCACAAAGCGUUCCUGUGUUCUCGUAUGGAUACGGAACGACACCGGCGCAAGCUCCUCAUAUUUCGUAUAAUUAUUACCAACCUCAAAUGAUGCCUAGAGGUGCCUCCAUUCCUCAACCAACGGCAGCAAACCCUAACACGACACAAAACACAAUGCCAAACGUACCUCUAGUAAGUAAUAAUCACCAGCAGCAACCCUUCCAAAGGCAACCUCAGACGAAACGAAGAUCGAAAGCUCUAGCCAUCAUCGAUCCAACUACAGGUGCUGACCGUCUACUGGAAAUGUUUGAAGACAAUAACUCGCAUCCUCCUUCUGGAGAAUCAUCGGCUCGACAAACACCCCAGCCGUCGACAGGCGCCCUUAGUAGUCACACUAAGGAAGUACAAGCAACCUUUGCCAAACAAGUGCUGCAAGCUAUUAAUGAUCCAACACCGGAACAUCAAACUCACCACCACCAUCACCCACCUCCUCAUCAACAAGAGGAUCAUCACGUGGAACUCCAACUUGAAGGACAGCCGACAAAUCACAUUCUUAUGGAAUAUGAUUGUGCAGUUCCACCAAGACACGACGGUCAACAGAUACAACAGCCUCACCAAUUAAAGAUGGAGCAUGUUGUUCAAUCAAGUAAAUUACAGGCUGGAGCGAAGGAAUUCGUAUUGCCUUCAGCAGUCACCAAAGAAACACCGAUAGUAUCUGCGAAUAUUGAUGCUGUCGAAGUGACGUUAUUACCGAAUAAGUUACCUAAAGACAGGGAAAGUCCCGUUAAAGGCCGAAAGCAGAGGGAGCAGUCAUCUAGAGGAAACGAGACAAUUAAGGAAGCUCCAGUGGUUAUGGAAAAGCCUCCUCCAGUUAUGAUUGGUGCAAUCAAAGAGGUCGUCAGUGAUAAAGAAUCUUCCAAUACGAAAGACGAGGUACAGGAUAUUUCUUCGUCUUCUAUUAUCCAAUCAACGAAUCCUACUCAGGUAUUGCCCGUCUCGAAAGAGAGUGCUGUUAUAACUAAGGACGUUAGUGCUAAUAUUGAAAAACAACAUCAACAACAUAGGCCUCCCCCUAUUCAACAGCAACACCAGCAACAUAGAAAAGAUAUCAAAGAGCCCCAACCCAAAAUUGGGUUAGAACGACAAGAUAGUGGAUCAUCUGUGGGUAGUGCACAAAAUGCUCCUAUCGCUGCAGCUGCUGUUCCUGAUAAUCCUAAAUCCAAACAAAAUGCUCAACGGUCAACAUCAAAGCAGGCCUCUGGCGGACCGAACAAUCAAAAACCGGCAAGCCAACCCUCGGUGCCAAUACCUCAACCACAACCAGCGAAGGCUGCCAGUAGAUCAAAUAAAAAGAAUGAAUUGAACAUGAAAGGAGCUAAUAAAGAAGGAACUGAUAUGGAUGCCUUUAAUGAUAACGCCCUUAGAGAAGAGGUCAAUUCCAAUGUGAUUCCUAACCAGACAGUUAAUAACAAUAAUGAUAUAAUCAAUGCGAAUUCAAUACCUGCGACUACCAAUAGCAACGUCACUCCUACCCAACCCCCUGUAGUUAGAGAUGUAAAUGUUAAUAUCCAAACAAAUAAAAAGUUUGAUAAUGAGACGACAAUCAAACCUCAAGAACCUGUUACCAAACCUUUCAAGAAUAAGGUGGAUAUUACUGAUAUAGUUAAGGAAAAACCUAAAAACAUCAAACCUUUUAAUAAUACGAUAGAAGGACAAGAUGAAACAGAUAGAUCUGCCUUGGUUCAAUCCAAUGAAAAAAUGGUACAAGCGAAGAAUGAUGUUAAUGUUAAAACUAGUGAGAUUAGUAAGGUAGAAAGCAAGUUACCCUAUGCUGAAGGCCAAUGGUCUCCUGCCAACCAAAACGGUUUAAAAAUAUAUGACAAAAACUUCCUAUUAUCAUUAAAAGACUGUCCUGCUAGUAAGGUAGCACCCGACAAUAUUCUCGAUGCACUAUUACCCGACGAAAAAGGGCGUUUGAGUGAUGGACGGUUAUCAAUGGGCGGUAAAACUGAUUUCAAUCCUCCGUUUAAUACUUUUGGUAGAAAUAGUUCUCAAAAAGGGUCACUAUCUAGUAGGUUAAGUGGAAGUAAAAUGGAUAGAAGUAAAAGCAAUAAAGGUAGCACCGUUAAACCCCCAAUUAAAGUUUCUAUAUCUGUCAGAGAAGAAGUUAGAUUGCAUGAAGUGGAAAACGCAUGGCGACCGGCUAGGCUUGUCAAAGGCGAAUUCCAAACUGAAGAUGAUAAGAAAACUGAAGAAUUGUACAAAAAAGUCAGAGGAAUUCUCAAUAAACUUACGCCUCAAAAAUUCGAAACAUUAUUGCAACAAAUUAGAAGCCUUUCUAUCGAUACAACUGGAAGGUUACAGGGUGUUAUUGAUUUAGUUUUCGAGAAGGCUAUCGAUGAGCCUAAUUUUUCUGUAGCUUAUGCCAGUAUGUGCCAGCAAUUAGCUCUCUUGCAAACCCCUUCAAACCAUGGUGAAGAUAAACAAGAUUUUGUAACGUUCCGAAAAUUAUUAAUUAAUAAGUGCCAGCAGGAAUUCGAAAAGCAAAAAUCUGAUGAAACUCUUAGGAACAGUAAAAUAAAAGAAAUUGAAGCUUGUACAGAUCCGGAGAAAAAGAAAGAUCUAGAAUUUGAUCUUGAAGAAUAUGAUAGAAGACUUAGGAUGAAAUCAGUUGGCAAUGUUAGGUUUAUAGGCGAACUUUUUAAACAAAGCAUGCUUACAGUUGGCAUAAUGACGAGGUGCAUAAAUGAUUUAUUAAUUAGGAGAGACGAAGAACGCUUGGAGUGCCUAUGCAAGUUGCUUACAACUAUUGGUAAAGAAUUGGAAACGAAACAAGUUCCUCUUGAACCCAUCUUUGAUCAAAUGAAGAGUAUAGCCAAUAAGAAAGAUCCAAAUAGUAAAAUUAGUAGUCGGAUAAGAUUUAUGUUACAGGAUGUGAUAGAUCUGCGUUCAGCAAAAUGGGUGCCUAGAAGGCAAGACGUAAAUCCAAAAAUGAUUGAUCAAAUCCAAAAAGAAGCUGAACAAGAACAGCUUAAUAUACAAAUGAUGAACUCUGGUCCAAUCACACCACGUAAAGAUGAUAGAGGUAGUGGUUCUGGUGGACCUGGAGGAGGAUCAAUGAGUGAUAGAAAGGGGGGAAGAUCGAGAAAUGUUACCGAUGAUGGAUGGACGACGAAUACGAGCAAUAACAGGAGCAAGGCUUCGUUCAUGGUACAGAGUGAUAAAUUAAAAGGUGCAAGGGCGCCUCUUGAGCCAUCUCUUGGCGCUCCAAAUAUGUUCAAACAGUGGAACACUGGCGCUGGUUCUAACAUAAAGCCAAUACCACAAGUUCCUACCACUGCCAAUAUUUAUAGUACUUUAGAAAAUUUGGAAUCCGAAAAACGUAAUACCAUAAAUACUCGCUAUAGUCAAAAAGACUCUUAUCAUUCGAAAGGCGCAAGUAUGGAAAGGGGUAGUUAUAAAUAUGAUAGUAGAAGUGGAUCUCGGUCUGGCUCGCAACACAGAUCGAAGGACGAAGGAAGAAAUUCAUCGUCGUCGCAACGUAACAUACCAGCAGCUGCACCCACUAUGUUACCACCUCAAUCGGCAGUUACUCCAGCGCCGUCCGUUUCGGCUGUUGCAGCGGUUCCAGAAGUACAACUCAGCGAAGACCAACGGUAUAGGCGAAUACUCAAUUGUGCGGACGAAUACGUUAGCGGAAAUAGCAAUGUCGACGAAUAUUUCGCUGAUAUUAGUUCGUGUGUACCUUUAUCGUACAUCCCUAGUAUGAUUAAUGACACAUAUUUACAUGUAUUAGAAAAAUCUCAACAAGUGAGAUUAAAAACGGGCGCAUUAUUUGCCAAGUUAGUGGGAAUGGGUAAAAUAUCAGUAGAAGAUUAUUGUCAAGGAUUGGAGGAAUUGCUAUCACAAGCUGACGAUCUGAGAAUUGAUAUUCCAAAACUUUGGGACUAUUUAGCAGAAAUUUUAGUUGAUUUAAUUACCGAACAAGUAGUCCCACUUAAAAGGCUGCACAAAUCGUUCAGCAUACUCAUUGAGCUGAAUCAAGCUGAUAAGUUGCUGGCUCCACUAUUUAAACUAAUUAUUAGUAAUAAGGGAUCGCAUUUCCUACAUAGUCAGUGGCAGUUGUCAGGUUUGCAAUUAGUCGAUUUUAUGGAUACUGCACAGAUAGAAUCAUUCAUUAACGACAAUCAAUUUGAAUUCUUGUUGGGAGGAGCGGCACCAUCAGUAGAUCAGAGUCGAUUAUCCUACGAUGAUAUUCAGGAAAAGUUACUGAAUUUACUUAGGGCAGAUAAAACUAUUGAUGAUAUCCACGAUUGGGUAAUGGCAAAUGUAGGGGAGAAUGGUGUUAAAGAAAAUAAAUUUAUCAGGGCUUUGGCGAUGGCCUGUUUUGAAGACUCGAUAAACAAGAAUAACAAACCUAUUAUUGACAGAUUGGAUCAACACUUUCCGUUGUUGCACAAGUAUGUCGAUAACAAACCUGGGUUUGAACUUGAAUGCUUGUAUGCCCUUCAAGCUCUAAACAAUAAAAUGGAAUAUCCUGGGGGUCUCUUACUACAAAUAUGUGAUAGAAUUUAUGAAGUAGGUUGUUGCUCUCAAGAGAGUUUUGUCGCUUGGGAACAAAGCGACGAUCCAUUAGAACAAGAGGGUAAAGGUGUCGCUAUGAAGCAGCUAACGUCAUUCUUCUGUUCAUUGAAAGAAAAUGAUGAUGAUGACGAUUCGGGAUCGGAUCUGGAAGCAGAUUAGCGGUUACUAAGUGUGCCGGUGAUUUUGGCGCCUAUAUAGAUGGACUACAUUAAAUUAAAAAAAUUAUAAAUAUAUAAUUAAGAGCAACUCAACGAGUGAUGAGAUUGACUUAUCGGCAAACAUAAACUCUUAGUUAAAAUUUAUACAAUUGUUUAUAUUAUAUAUAUAUUAUACAUAUUUAAUUAUAUACUAUAUAUG